AUGGGUGCUUCAAUGAAAAAAAUUGAGACUCAAGUGGGCCAAUUAGCUAAUGCUGUGAAUUCUAAUCAGAAGGGAAGUUUUUCUAGUGACACUGUGGUAAAUCCAAAGGAAUCAUGCCAAGCAGUUUCUUUGAGAAGUGGUAAGGUGCUUGAUGAGGGUAAUGUUCAAGCCAGUUCAAAGGAGAAAGUUGAGCCAGUGGUACGAGAGGUAGACAAAGAAGAGCAAGCCAAGAAGCAGAGUGGAAGUGACAAGACUGACAUGAAGAAAGAUAGCCUUCCAAUGUAUCAACCUCCCAUUCCAUACCCUCAACGAUUUCAGAAGAAGAAAUUAGAUGAAAAGUUUGCAAAGUUUCUAGAAAUCUUCAAAAGAAUUCACAUAAACAUUCCAUUUGCAGAUGCUCUUGAGAAAAUGCCCAAUUAUAAGAAGUUGCCUCAAAAGGUGAAAGAUCCGGGUAGCUUUACUAUACCAUGCACUAUUGGAGGGUCAUCCUUUGACAAGGCAUUAUGUGAUCUAGGAGCGAGUAUUAAUUUGAUGCCACUUUCAGUUUUUAAGAAGUUGGGGGUAGGAGAGGUGAAGCCCACAACCAUUACUCUUCAAUUAGCAGAUCGGUCACUUACUUAUCCUAGGGGAGUGAUUGAAGACGUAUUGGUUAAGGUGGAAAAAUUUAUUUUUCUCGCUGAUUUCGUGGUUUUGGAUAUGGAGGAGGACCAUGAAAUCCCCAUUAUUCUUGGUCGUCCAUUCUUGGCUACUGGAAGAGCUCUUAUUGAUGUACAAGGUGGUCAUUUGACACUGAGGGUUAACAAUGAAGAGGUUAAAUUCAACAUUUAUCAAGCACUACAACAGCAUGACAACACGAGCACAUGUCACUGUGUGGAUUCUAUUGAGGUAGUAGUAGAAGAGACGAUGAGAAAAGAAUUAUGUGCUGAUCCUUUACAACAUUGCCUUAAUUCUAGUAUUACUCAAGCUGAUUUGGAGAAGGUGAAUGGUGAGUUUGUGGGUGACGAAGUGGCUGAAUGUGUGAUGGAUCUUAGUGCUAUUCCUCGUGCUAGUGGUAUUAAAGUUGAAGAAACUCUUUGUCAAGCCAAGGAAGGGGAAGUUGAGAAGGAAGUGGUGGAAAAGCAAGAUUUGAAACAACUCCCAGAUCAUUUGCGUUAUGAGUAUCUAGGAGAGAAUUUCACUUGCCCAGUGAUCAUUUGA